AUGCCUUUUUGUCAACUCUGCGGCCAUCGCCUUCGCCGCCUCCUCUCGCCUCUUUGUGCGCUCUUUCUUGUUUGCUCUCUAACCCUUUAUCUCCCCGCUUUCCCCAUCAGCGUUACAAACAGGCAUGUAGCUUUGACGCUUCCGCCAGGACCUGCUGCUCCACCAAGUGCAGCAGCAGCAGCUGCUGCAGCUGCUGCUUCUGGUGCUGCAGCAGCAGCAUCAAGAGCCCCAGUUGUUGCUGCGCUGUUGCCUUCUCCGCUUGAGCGUCUGCAUGUCUUCUCUGUCCGCCUGGCUGCUGGCCAGUUGCGACGGAUUCGAGAGUCUGUGUUCCUGCUGCUGUCACCACGUAAUUCCCCCCGCAGCAGCACCAGCAGCAACAGCAGCAGCAGCGGCAGCAGCAAAAAUGCAGCAUACGAUUACUACUAUCCCAAGGCCAUUGCAGAUUUUCUGCGGGCUUGCGUGGUCUACUAUGUGGCGGACAAGAAGGGAAACAUUAUACCAGCCAUCUACCCAUCUGCACAUACGCUGCAGCGUCCGGCGACAGCAGCAGCAGCAGCUGAAGCAGCAGCAGCAGCAGCAGCAGGGGCCGCUUCGUGCACACCCGCCGAAGCAGCUUUGUCUGUUGGCGUGUUUUUCAUGAGCAAAGAAGAUGCAUGCGCUUACAGAGAAAGCAUAAUGAACGCUUUCUCCCAAGAGCCUCCGCAUGCAUCCAUUUCUUGGAUAUCUUUGGCGGACGUUUACCCGUUGCUACGGUACGUACACCCCUGCGGCCGGCGCGCAGCAGCAGCAGCAGCAGCAGCAGCGGGGGAACCGGGCAGCUUCGUGGGGCGCUGCAUGCAGCGCGUGCUGCUGCAGCUGCAAGGCCGCAGAGCAGCAGCACUGGCCUCCCGUUCAAAGUUCGUUUUGCUGCCAUCUACUCAGACGCUUUCCGCCGAACUCAAAACAAAAUCAAACUUCACCGGCAUUCCCGUCUACUCCCUGCUUCCUGUACGCCGUGGCGCAGUUCCCGAAGCGAUCAGAGCCCUCAAGCAGCAGCAGCAGCAGCAGCAGCAGGGAGGCCGGUAUGUGUACAAACUGAGUCUAGUGGGGGGGCAAGGGGGCGCGUGGACUCUAGCUGUGAACUAUAAUGGGGAAAUGCGAACUCCCGUCUUCUGCAGCAAGACAGACGCAGAAGCAGCACUAGCAGCAUUUGCAAAGCCCCUCCCCCGCAAGCUAAAAAGGGACUUUGCAUGCAACCUUAUAACAGUGCAGACGCUCGAAAGCGCCUUAGACAGGCUGCCGCAGCAACCGCCUGCUGCUGCUGCUGCUGCUGCAGCAGCAGAAGCGAAAGGCAGCGCUGCCCCUUUCCCGCUGCUGCUUCCAGACUCGCAAGAACUUCCCCCAAACUGCGUAUUCUGA